GAUAUCGUUAUGUAGGUCAUAUAACAGAUCAGUUAUGCGCCUAGAGUUACGCAUCCAAGAAGCCAAACAGAAAGGUUCAUAUAAUCCUAACAAUGACUAUAGCAGUUAUUGGGCUUAUUUUGGACACAUGGACUUUAUGAAAGAUAAUACAAAUAAUUCGAUUAAAUUAUUAAAUCGUAAUUCAGCUGACAAAUUUAAGUUAAUCGCUGAAGUCCGAAAAAGGCCUGAACUAUGGUGUAUUAAAAGCAAAGAAUAUAUGCCCCGUUCAACUUUACAAACGAUUUGGGAGGAUCUGGCUCAGGCUAUGGGAGCAGAAGUUGAUGAGUGCAAGCUUAAAUGGACAAGAUUACUGAAGGGGUAUCGAGUAGAAGUUAAGAAGUUAGAGUUACGUAUUAAUGAAGAUAAAUUGAACGGUUCAUAUAAUCCGAAAAAGGAAUAUAGAUCUAAGUGGAUAUUUUAUGAACGCAUGAAAUUUUGUGAUGACUUUAAAAACCCAAGUCUCAUGGAACUUGAGAACACAUUUGUUAAUGUCAACCAUAGUGACGAUAAUGACGCAAACCAAGUUUCCAAAUUUCAAAAUAAUAAGAUGAAACCAGAGCUUGAUCUAGAACCAGAAGUGUAUUUACCAGAUGACGAAGAUAGUUCACCUGAAACACCUGUCGGUGUGAAAUCAAAUUUUAGCGGUCUUAAUUUACCGGAAAACCAAGAGCCAGCAGAUGAUAAACCAACAACUUCACAUUGGAAGUCCGCUAACGGGGAACCUGGGCUAGAUUUAGAACCAGAAGUGUAUAUACCCGACGAUGAAGAUUAUGACACUGACAGCCAAAUGUCUGACAUAGAAUUUAUAAGCGAACAAAAUUCUCCUUCAAACCAAGAGUCAGCAAAUGAUAAACCAUUGUCAACAGGUGUUUUAACCGCUAAUGCGGAACCUGAGCUCGAUCUAGACCCAGAAGUGUAUAUAAUCGACGAUGAAGAUUAUGACACUGACAGUCAAAUGUCUGGCAUAGAAUUUUUAAGCGAACCAAAUUCUCCUCAAAACCAAGAGUCAGCAAAUGAUAAACCAUCGUCAACAGGUAUUUUAUUGGAGGAUAUUGAAAAAGAGCAGCAUAACUUAACAAAGUCCGCUAAGGUGUAUGCACUCGACGAUGAAGACGAAGACACUGACAGCCAAAUGUCUGGCAUAGAAUUUUUAAGCGGACAAAAUUCUCCUCUAAACCAGAAGUCAGCUGACGAUAUACCAUCGUCAACAGGUGGUAACUGCACUAAACGAUCAUAUGAUCAGGCGAAUUCACUGGAAGAUCUCGAAAAAGAUGAACAUAAUUCAAUUAAAACGGCUCGUUCCAAUGACAUGGUUCCUGUUACCGAUGACGACUAUAGUUUCUUGGUCAGUUAUUUGCCGAAAAUGAAAAAGUUUAAUGAGUUGCAAAAUUUAGAGUUUCGUGCAAAAAUUACCGAUUUGAUGUUGGAUAUUGAGAAAGAAUGAAAAUUCUGAUAAUUAUUCUAGGUUUGUUAGUGUUUGAAACUUUAUUUAGCAAUUUCAAUAAUAAAUAAAAAUAAUUUAAAACUAUCUUUACUUAAUAAAAA